AUGGCGGUCUACGACUCCGAUGAACAUAUGAUUGAUGCUCCAGAAUUACCAGUAGCACCAUCGGCUGAAUCGAGGCUACGCGAUGCAGAGACCGAGAUCUUGAAGCAGAAGGGUUAUAUAAUAACAUUGCUCAGUCGUCUAUCGGAAGCUGAGAAAGAAAUCGAGGAAUUGCAGCGGAUCGACCGACUGGUAGGUUCUACGCGGGAUGGUGAGGCAAAAUUGCACGAAAGGAUAGCCAGGUUGGCCAACCAGCGCAGCUCCCAUGUUACCUUCUUACAAAGAGUCGAGAUGUUGAAAUCCGACAAUCUGGCCUUGCCGAGCAAGGCUGUCAGAGAAGAGCUCAAGCUACUUUAUACCGAAACUUAUGACACGAGCGAUCUGAUCUGCCAGAUAGGCUCUGAUGUCGGUUCUCCCGACCAAGAUGCUCUUAUCCCAGAUUAUGCACAGAGUUGGGUGACGCUGCUUUACAACGGUAACUUCGGCUCCCUCCUAGAGUAUGCCAAGGUUGAGGGAAUCCCGAAAUCAAAGCUCGUCUCGGCCGUGUUGAUGGCAGGGAUAUUUAAACUCGUUAUGGAACCAGAGCUACUAUCUACGUCUGCAAUGCAGUCGCCCCUACUAGACCAAUAUCGGAGGCAUAUUUCCAAUCAGUGUGGAUCCAGAGCUUUACGACAGCUCGACCUCAUAGCGGCAAAGUCCCUCCUAUCAAAUGAGGAGGUGCUGGAUGACAUCACAGCGGAAACAGCACGUUGGCUCAGCAUAGUAAUUCUUCCCAUUCUAAACAGCUUCUUCCCACCUGGUGGCCAAGAUCCCACUCAAUAUUCGGUACUUAACAGUGUGGAGACAGACACGCUCAAAGAUCUUGAGAAGACUCUCUCACGCGCGGUAUAUAUCAAGAUAAAAGUAAUGCCGGUUUCAGGGCGAUUCAAACACAUUUUCUUUAGGCCAGGUACAAAGUUUGAUGGCGACAUCAUGCGCUAUGAUAACUCGCAAGGCGGCAGUACCUCCAAAGGUCACAUAGUCAGGCUUUGCCUUCAACCUGCCAUAUUCUAUGAGAAUGCAGAAGCAGCAAGUCAAGACGAUGACGACACAUUGCAUCUGGAGACCAUAUAUACCAGGUGCUUUACAGAUGCGGCGCCGGAUGAUAUGGAUACUCUUAGUCUUAUUUCAAAGGCUAUCGUGCUGGCCUAG